ACGCUUGCCAUCUCACCACUAUGCAUUGAUAUUUUUAUCUCGUUUCGUUGCAGGCAACUUAGUAAUAUCGUAUCCCUCGACCACAACCAUUCAGUUGUCGUUAAACUUCACUGAUAAUGUUUUAAGUUUUAUAUAUUUUAACUCAUAAACAGCUGUAGUUCGUACGUUUAUAAAUAUAUCAGUGUUUAUUAUUUUAUACAGUAUAAUAAAUGCUACAUAUGUACGUCGCGUAAUAUUUAUAAAUUCGCGUGUUCACAACAGUGCAAAUGUGGCUUCGAAGUACUUCACUGGUUUCAUGAGCACAUUUAUAAUAUUUUUAAAUAAAAAUAAUGAACUUAAAUGGUACUUAAGCAAGUGGUGUAUCCUCAAGUGAUUUUUAAUUAUUUAUUUUUGUACAAAAUGCCUAAGCAACGUUCAGUUGUCAGUUUGGAUUUGAUUUUGGAAGAAUUGGGUGAUUUUGGUAAAUACAAUAUAUUGAACUACGCAUUUCUUUUGUUCCCCGUCUUUUUGGCGGGAAUGUAUGGAUUUGUCUACGUUUUCGAAGCUCCAGAUAUAAGUUACAGAUGUCAAAUUAACAAUUGUGAAAAUACAGAAAAUAACAGUUCAUGGUUAACAUAUGCGAUACCGAAAGUGAAGGAUGAAUAUUCGAAAUGCGAAAGAUACCCAUUACGUGACAAUGUAACGUGGAGUAACGCGACGUGUACGGACAGUGUAUUCGAUGCCUCGAGAACAGAAGAGUGCUCCUCGUACAUUUAUAGCGACGAAGAUUCGGUCGUGAAAGAUUUCGAUUUAGGUUGCCAGGAUUGGAAAAGGACUUUACUUGGAACAGUACACAAUGCCGCCCUAAUUAUCUCGUUGCCUCUGACUGGAGUUGUGUCAGAUAGGUACGGAAGAAAGUUGGCAUUAUCGGUGGUGUCUCUUUGCAAUGGCAUAAUGGGACUGAUCAGAUCAUUUUCCGUGAACUACGAGAUGCUGUUGGCGUUUGAGUUUCUAGAAGCAGUUCUAGGGGCUGGAGCCUACAGUACAGCCUUUGUUUUUGCUAUGGAACUGGUAGGACCCAAAGGCAGAGUAUUUGGAAAUACUCUAAUAAAUUUAAUACACGUUUUUGGUUUGAUGACCCUAUCAGGCCUGGCCUGGUGGUUGCAGAACUGGCGACACUUACUACAAGUGAUUUACACGCCGGCGCUACUAAUAUUCUCAUACCUCUGGAUUCUAAACGAAAGUGUUCGAUGGUUUCUUAACAAAGGCAAAAAUGAGAAAGCCGUUAAUAUACUGCAUAAAGCCGCUAAAAUGAACAAAGUAGUUUUAUCUGAGGAACUUUUAGCACCAUUAUAUGAACUUAACAAGGUAACAGCAUAUCACGAUACAACAAAAGCAAGUGAAACACAUAGAAGUGAAAGAAUUAAGGAAUCCUCGUCUUUAAUGCAAGUGGUAAAAUCUAAUGUAAUGAGAAAAAGAGUUGCCAUAUGUUCAUUUCUGUGGGUAACAUCUACAUUUGUGUAUUGUGGACUUACAAUUAAUUCAGUUUCAUUAGCUGGAAAUAAAUAUAUUAAUUUUAUACUAAUAGGAAUUGUAGAGAUACCUGCUAACAUUGUAUGCCUGCUAGUGUUGGAUAAAUUUGGAAGAAAGAAAACAUUGAUCUCAUCAUAUUUCCUAAAUGCUUGCUUUUGUAUCGGCCUAUCUUUUUUUUCCAAAGAUCAAAAAUGGUGGUCACUGGGUUUUUACUUGUGUGCUCAAUUCUUUAUAACAAUGUCGUAUAACUGCAUCUAUAUUUAUGUAUCAGAAGUGUUUCCAACUUGUGUAAGACAAUCCUUACUGGCCGUUUGUUCAUCAAUAGGAAGAAUUGGUGCCGCUUUGGCUUCACAGACGCCUCUUCUGGCUUACUACUACGCGCAACUGCCAGCGAUAAGCUUUGGCAGUAUGGCGUUAACAGCCAGUAUUCUAGUAUUUAUAUUACCAGAGACAAUUAAUUUACCUUUGCCUGAUACCAUAGAGGAAGCAGAAUGGUUAUCAAAUAAAAGAAAAAACGUGAACCACCGUGAAAGAUGGACUUGAUGUGAUAAUGUAUAAUUUAUAGUUUAAUAAGAAAUCAAAUAUUUUUUUUUAUUAAGCGAUGAUUAUAGAAAAUUCAUUCUACAAUUUUUGUGAAUCCUCCUAUGCACUUAUUUGUAUUUUUAAGGUAGUAUAGUAAAACUAAGAAUUAUUAUUUUAUUUAGCUAAAAAUCUUAUAUCUUUAAAAUCAUUUAUAUUUAUGACUACGGAUCAUUGCACUAAGUAUGGCACGACACACUCUUGACUGAUUUUAGCUUUAAAUUCGACACUGAAAUUUAAAGUCUAAGUAUAUUUCAGAGUUUUAUUAUA